AAUCCAACGUGGAAGCCACGCGGUUGGGAUGUAAAAGUACAAUCUUCUCCAAACCAACCCCCUCUCCUCUCCAAGAAGCAGAGCCUCCCAAAUCUGCCAUGGUCGCCUACCACCACCUCCUCCUCCUUCUCGCCGUCGCUGCGGCGGGCGCCGUCUCCACCUACGCGAAGCCCACAGCGUACGUGGCGCUGGCGGAGUUCGACUUCCCCCCGGGCAUCCUCCCCAAGGGCGUCGUCGCCUACACCCUCGACAACGCCACGGGCGCCUUCACCGCCACCCUCGACGCCUCCGCCUCCGGCACCGGCUCCUCCACCUGCGAGUUCUCCAUCAAGGGUUCCUACUCGCUCCGCUACCAGACCAAGAUCACGGGCAACAUCGCCCCCAACCACCUCACCAACCUCCAGGGCGUCUCCGUCAAGGUCCUCUUCUUCUGGCUCAACAUCAUCGAGGUUAGCCGGAAAGGAGAAAACCUCGAGUUCUCCGUCGGCAUCGCCUCCGCGGACUUCGGGAUCGACGAAUUCCUCGAGUGCCCCACCUGCGGCUGCGGGUUCGACUGCAACGACCUGCCGCUGAUGCUGCGCAAGCCAGGGGCCGGGACCGCGAAGCUGCGCCUUCGAGGUGCGUUCUAGAAUUCGACCACCCGUUUCUUGGAGGAUGAAUGGUACUGCUUCUGUAAGGUACUACUAGUGCUGUAUGUCUUGCUAGAUGGGUUAAUAAAGAGAGGAAAGGUCCCAACUUUUAGAUGGGGACGGGAUAGCAAGUUCAGAACUCGAUUUCACGUUUCAUGUACUAUUUCAGACAGUUUAGAGAGAACCAGAGAAGCAAUUAAGAUCUAAAGUUUAGUUUACAUCCCUUCCCUGUUGGAAAUUAUGUUGUUUACCUUGUGAUUUCUGCCACAUGUGGAUGAAUGGCACGAUGAGUUUGCGCU